UGCAAGAGAGGAGAGAUGGCCUUCUGGAGCCGUUCUAGACGGCUCUCCGUGCCAGCUCGAGAAGCAGGUGGAAGCUGGUGGCAUCCGCACUUCAGGGGUCCAGAGGAGGAGGAGAAGAGGGUCUUCUGCCCAAAGGAGAGUGUGAAAAUAUUAAGACUAACCCUCCAGAAUGACCUCCCUGGGGACAGACGACAGCAAGGAAAGCAAAAGCCAGUGGGGAGGGCCUUUGCGAUGGUGGCCAACCGGCCCACGAAUAGCCAUGCGUUGGCGUCGGAGUACGUCAAGUCCGACAAUGGCGACGAGGAAAUAAUCAAGGUCUACCUCAGAGCCCGAGCAGAGGACAGAGCCCAGAACGAAAAGAGCCUCCAUCAACUGAAAAGUGACAGCUGUCAUCUCCAAGAGAAAACGUUGGAGAAAGCAAAUGGGAUCCUUCCUCACAGAGCUAACUCGUAUCGCAGCAUGUCGGUGUGCCAGGACGAGCCGAUGUAUCCUGGCGACGACAUCUCGAUAAUGCGGGAGACGACGAAAAGGCUCUUUACGAAACUACAGGAGGCCGAAAAGCGGCAUCAGUCGGACAGAGCUGCCUAUGAGACGUCCAUUUCUCACUACCGGAGGGAAGCCGAGCAGUCGGGCACGGCCCUCAGGAAGGCCGAACUAGACAUGGGAGAAAAAGAUUUGAAGUUGGAAGAGUUGCAGAGACUCCUGACAGGGAUGGAGAAGGAACACCGGAUUCUGUUGCGGAAGAUGAAAGACGGCGAGGCGGAGUUGGAGCAGGUGCGGAACCUCGAGAGAGACAAGCUUGCAGAGCAGGAAAGGUCAGCCAAACUGGAGAAGGAAGUUGCCACCUUGCGGGAGAAAAUCCAUCACCUUGACGACAUGCUCAAGAGCCAGCAGCGCAAGGUCCGGCAGAUGAUUGAGCAGCUUCAAAACUCCAAGAUGGUGAUUCAGUCCAAAGACACCAUAAUUCAAGAACUGAAAGAGCGGGUGGCUUAUCUAGAGGCCGAGAACCUUGAGAUGCAUGACCGCAUCGAACACCUCAUCGAAAAGCAGACCCACAGCUCCGUGGCCCACAGCGUCAGGCCCCGCUCCAAAUCCGAGUAUGUCAGCAGCAAAAGGCUCACCAAAUCUCUGGGACCCAAACCUUUGCCUCUCAUCCGAGUGGUGGAAACAUGAAUUCGAACUCCUCUCCCCAUCCCGCUCUCUGAAAGGAACCCUCUGCAAGCUCUCCGGACCGUAGGCAGACGCUUAGUCCUCCCGCUUGCUCCUUGCCCACCUCGCUCUCCAGAGGCAACCAACUUCUCGUAGCGUGCGAUGGGCCAUCUGGGCAUCCCCCCCCCCAGCAGCAAAGCCUGCUUAAAGCUGCAAGGAUCACAUUUUCCAGGACAGGUUUUAAUUGGGAUGGAAUGCAAGAAUGUUCAAGUAGCAAGAGGACACUUUUGCUGCCCCCCGAAAGGGGUGGGGCAAGGGAUCUCUUCAUAUCCCUCGCUAUAGAUCUGUAAGGGUGGGGUCACUUUUGGAGAUAUACACUGAACAGAGCAAGAAGCCAUAUAUAUAUAUAUAUAUAUAUAUAUAUAUAUAUAUAUAUAUAUAUAUAUAUAUAUAUGUGUGUGUGUGUGUGUGUGUGUGUGUGUAUUUGUAUAUGGCUUCCUGCUCUGUUCAGUGCUGGAAUUUCCUCCCCCCAGUUUUUGUUCACAUUCAAGCCGGUAUUCCCGUCAGGGAUGGUUUUCAGAUUAUUAUUAAUAAUAAUUAGUUUAAAUGCCUGUUGGGUUGGGCAGAGGGAGGAGGGCUCCUUGCCUCUCGUUUGCCCCCUCAUGUCCAACAGCUUCCUAUCUGUUUCUCUCUCAACUGGAGAAAUAGGUUGCCCCAUCAAGCUCAAUGGAGCACACCCCCCCCCCGAGAACUGAGCUGUCUGCUGUCUGCGUUUAGCCCUGUUAGUUGGUCACGCCAGGCCAUGACAGAAUGUAGAGAUUCAACACAUAUAAUGCAAUUUAGCUUUUUGGGGGGGGUUGUGUUUGUAUAUGUGUGUAUAUAUAUAUAUAUAUAUAUGUGUGUGUGUGUAUAUAUAUAUAUGUAUAUAUAUAUGUAUAUAUAUAUGUAUAUGUAUGUAUAUGUAUAUGUAUGUAUAUGUAUAUAUGUAUGUGUGUGUAUAUAUAUAUAUAUAUGUGUGUGUAUAUAUAUAUAUAUAAAUAUAAAUAAAGUCGAGUUGAGUGUUUAAAAAAA